ACACAGACAGAUAGAGGAAGAGAGAGAGAGGAGGAGCGGAUUUCUCUCUUCGUCUCUCCUCGCACUCGCAGUUUAGUCCGUUUCACGAGAGGGAGGAGAGAGAAACGAGAGAGAGAGAGAGAGAGAGAGAGAGAGAGGCAUUAGCUCAUGGAGGAGGAGGGGAGGAGGAGCUCCAUUUCCCCUUUUGUUCCCCUGCGCAUUCCAAGAAGAGAGCAAUCUUUCUCUCUCCCCUGGUUUGUCUGGAAUGAUGGCGGAGAGCAAGCGGUUCGAUACACAGAGCCCAGGCUGCCUUGAAGGCCUGUUCAACUUCCUUGCCCUGAACCAGCGGUUGCAAAUGCCGAAGGCGAUUGCGUACCGAAAGCACAAUGAAGGAAGUAGUAAUACACUUAGAGUAAAAGUUCCAAAGCCCAAAAACCGCUCGGAGAACGAUGAGUCUGUUCCGAAGGGGACUAAUUCUCCAAAGGCAAAGGUCGGCACAUUUAUAUGGAGGACACUAAUGUUCAAGAAGAAAACACUCAAGAAAGAUCAAAAGAAGAGCGACUCACCAGCCAACUCCCCAUCAUCAUCACGUUUGACACGCUCCAGAUCAAUUCAUCAUUCAAAAUGCUUUGAAUAUGUGGUUCCAGAUGAGCUGGCUUCUCAAUACCAUACCAUGAUUGAAUCAAGCUCCAAUGAGGUGGAUUCAUUUCACAGUGCACCACCGUUGGUGCAGGAGAGUCCUAAAGUUCCCAAUUUUCAAGAGUCAUGCAAAUCUUCUGGUGCCAAACAUAGUUUCAAUGCAGAAGCACCCUGUGAAACUGUACCUCAGAGCAGUAAUGAUGAAACUGAAGCCGCCUCUAAGCAGAAGAGUCGUGAUGCUGCAACACAUCACUCGAAGGAGUUCAUGGAUUUCCUUGAACUGUUCAAUGCGCACAGGGAGCUAUUUCUCAAAAUUCUUCAUGAUCCUUCAUUAUUAGUACCAUUGGAAAACCAAGAUCAAGAAGCUUCCUCCAGCGGUGCAGUGCCACUGAACAAAUCAGAUUCGUUCCCAAGGCCAGGAGGAUCAUCAGGGAAACGUAACCCUAUAUUUGAUCGGAAUGACAGUGAGAACAAUAGAAGGUCAGAAAUCCAAAAGUCACCGUCUAGGUUGAAAUCUGACAUUGAAACUGCUAAAGUUAUUGGUACAAGAAUGCCUGAUGGUGUUGAAGGCUCAUCGGUUUCACUCACAGAAUCAAAAAGCCUGAGGAAAUCUGGAACCACUUCAAAUCGUUUUAAAGUUAUUCGUAAAAAGAUUAAAGCUGCUGUAAAGGAGAACCGGAAAGAGCUUGCUCGGAUUACCAAGGAUGGAGUUUUUCAUAAACUGCCAUAUGGACAAAAGAUGGCUGGGUUCAUGAAGAGUCCCUCCACAGACAAGUAUGUCCAGGAGGAGAAACAAAUGCGAAAAUCAUACUCCAUUGCAGAAUCAAUAGACAAGUAUUCAACACUCUAUGAAUCAAUAUCAAGGGACCCCAAGAUUUCUCCAGAAAGACCAAGUACAAUGUUUGAAGGUGAUGCAAAGUUGAAAGACAAGAAGCCACCACUUUCUAUGAAAAGAAUAGCUUCUCUUCCAGAAAUGAGAUUAUAUUCACCUCAGCGAGAUGUUUUAUCUGAAGUUUCAGAUUCCCAGAUUGUGCCCAAGACUCACGAUCUGGAAUCUGGUUGCUUCUCUUCACAACAAACUGAUCCCUUCAGCAUCUGUACAGACGGAAGUUUCUACCCUGACGAUAUUACAGAAAGAACAGCAGAUAUUUACAGCGAACAUAAUUAUGGAGAAAGUGCUUUACUUGGCUCACUGGAAGAGGAUUUGCGCAGUAUACUUCGAAGUCCAAGUUUACCUUCUGUGGCUCAAUCUUUCUCCCAUCGCCGCAUCAAUAGUUUACCUUCUUUUGAUCGUUCUUUCUUCCAAGAUCGUGUCACUAAUGUUACCGAGCAUUCUAUAGCAGAUUCAGAGCCGACGUUUGAACAUAUGCAGCUUGAGGAUGAUGACUGGUUGGUGAAGCCACCUCAUCCUCCAGGACCAUAUGAUGCUAGUUUGAAGGAUGAUGAGUGGUUGGUUAGGCCACUUAAGUCCUCAGGUGUUGACACUAUUGAUCAUGAGGAUGAAGAGUGGUUGGUCAGUACAUCGCAGCUGCCCGGUGGCAAUGCUGCUGAUUUCGAGGAUGAAGAGUGGCUGGUCAAGCCAGUGCAGUCGUCGAGUGCCGAUGCUUUGGAUUCAGAGUUCCAGUUUAUACAUGAAUUUGCUGAAGAUGCAGGUUCCUUGCACAUUUAUGUUAAUGACAAGAAUGAAGCCGAUUUCCAUUAUGUCAAGGACAUACUCAAAAAAUCCGGAUUCAGCUGCGGGGAGGCCGACUGGUAUGCUUCCAAUCAGCCACUCAGCCCAGUGAUAUUUGAGGAAGCAGAAUUCUCGUGCCAGGAAACAUACACCGCGAAUGAUGACCCCCACAGUGUCGUCAGGCGCAUGCUUCUGUUCGAUCUCAUCAACGAGGUCCUGAUGGAUAUCUAUGAUUCUUCCUUGGUCACCGGCCCAUGGCACUCGCGCUUCGACUCGCGUACCAGGCCGAUACCCAUGGGGUCUCAUGUCCUAGGGGAGGUGUGGGGGAAGGUGAGCUACAACCUGAGCCUGCAAUGGAAGCCGGACCUGACAGUGGAGGACGUUGUGGCGCAUGAUGUCAUGAUGAAGGACAGGUGGAUGAACCUUGUGUAUGACGCGGAGUGUCUUGCGCUGGACCUGGAGGAUAUGGUGGUGGAUGACCUUCUGGAUGACAUUGUUCUUCAGAUAGUGUUGAUUUCCAUUGACGCGUAAUGAUGAAUGAUACCAUGAUCCUGAAGAUUUUUUCCCUUAUCAGAUAGGUGGCUCACUGUUCUAGCACUGUGUUAAUAAAUGAGUGCACUUCCUGGGCAGAUCAUUAUACCAGAAAUGCAGACAUGACAAAUGUAGUAUAGUGUAGAUAUUAGCAGUGCAUAGAUAUUGCUAGACAUAGAAAAAGUAGAAUAGACAGGAAAUAGCUUAGCAGAUCACUGAUGAGUGUAAUAUUUGACAGCAAAUCUUUCAGGUAUGCUUAAUUUGUACUUGUACUAUAUACAUUCAAUUUGUAAAAAAAAACAUAAUAAUAUCUCUAUAGUCAAUAUUGAUAUGGACUCUUUAACUUUC